AUGACAUACUUCACAAGCUGGGACGAAUUCGCAAAAGCUGCUGAAAGACUGCACAGUGCGAAUCCAGAAAAGUGCAGAUUCGUCACCAAAUACAAUCACACAAAGGGGCAACUUGUUCUGAAGCUCACCGACGAUAUUGUCUGCCUUCAAUACAGCACAAACCAGUUGCAAGACGUGAAAAAGCUGGAGAAACUAUCGUCAACCCUUCUUCGCAGUAUUGUUACUCAAUAA